GUAGCGGCUGGUAAUCCGACAUUUUCUCCCCGAUGUUAUUUAAUUAGUUCCUACCUAGGUAGGCGGGCUACUUCUAGUAGAGCAGUCGUGAUUUAGCCCAGGCUCGCGGUUCCAAUAUCGUGUUGAAACGCCAUCGUUAGGUUACCAUGGCUGUCGGUUCGGGGGUGAACCCCAUCAAUUUAACCUUUAUGACAAUAUGUUCUCUCACGAUUGCUUACAUUAUUAUGAGGCUGUUACAAGUCGGAAAACGGGCUGCGGGCCUACCCCCGGGCCCUCGAACUCUCCCUAUAAUCGGAAAUCUGCAUCUCAUGCCCAAGUUCAAACCAUACAAACAAUUUACGGAGUGGGGCGAGAGAUAUGGUCCAAUCUAUUCGCUCAUGGUUGGAUCCAGUCCUCUUAUUGUGUUGCAAUCACAAGAGAUUGCGAAAGAAUUGCUUGAUAAGCGGGGGUCAAGUUAUUCUUCUCGACCAGAUAUGUACAUCUUGUCUGACUUAUGCAGUCGCGGGCUUCGACAGGUUGCAAUGAAAUAUACUCCAACCUGGCGGCAGGUCCAUCGAAUCAACCACAAAAUAUUGAAUGCCAAUGCGACUCGAGCAUACACACCUUACCAGACCCUCGAGAGCCGCCAGAUGCUCGUGGACAUAUUAAACAAUCCCGGCGACCAUGAGAAACAUAUCCAGCGAUACUCUAACAGCGUAACCUGUCAGAUGGUAUACGGCUUCCGAACAACAACAUUCUCCGAUCCAAAGUUGCAAAGUGUGGUUUCUAUCUUCUUUGAAGUUUGCGAGCUAGCCGUUACUGUCCCGGCCCGGCUUAUGGACUGCUAUCCGAUACUUCAAAAAAUCCCUAAGUAUCUCCUGCCUGCCUGUCGGAAAGCCAUGAAUCUCGACCGCGUCUCUAUGACUCUUUUUCUCGACCGCUGGCUUGAAGGGAAGAAGAAAGCCCAGGACGGUACUGCAAUGCCGUGCUUCUGCGCAUCUUUAGCCCAAGCGCAAAAAGCAGAGGACUUUUCCGAUGAGUUGGCGUCGUACAUGGCAGGUGAUAUUGUCGAAGCAGGUAGUAGUACCACCUCUGAUGAACUUGUCGGCUUCCUCAUGGCUAUGGUGACCCAUCCAGAUAUCCAGCGGCGGGCGCAAGAAGAGCUGGAUUCUGUAGUUGGAACUGACCGGCUACCCAAAAUUGAGGAUAUGGUAUCGCUUCCUUACAUCCGCGGUUGCGUCAAAGAAACGCUGCGGUGGAUGCCUACUUCAUCGUUGUUGAUACCUCAUUCGCCGCUAAGGGACGAUGUGUAUCGGGAUUAUAUAAUUCCCGCUGGCGCAUCCGUAGUCGUGAAUGUUUGGGCCUUAAACAAGGACCCCAAAAGAUGGCCAAAUCCGCAGGUAUUUAACCCUUUGCGGUUUAAGGAUGACAUAAGGUCGGAGCAUGAGAUUGCGACAUCUGGCGAUCCUGCGACCCUACGACAUAAUUAUAUAUUCGGCGCGGGGAGGCGCCUUUGUCAGGGCAUUCACAUCGCCGAGCGCAGCUUAUUCUUGGCUAUUGCUUCUAUGUUGUGGGCCUUUGAUAUCGAAACACCCGAUAUUUCCAAAAUUGAUACCGAGGAUCUUAGAGGCGGGCUUGCUAUGGUCCCCGCGCCGUUUGAAUGCUAUAUGAAGCCUAGAGACAUGCAAAGGGCGAACGUGAUAAGACAGGAAUGGCAACAGCUGCAGAAUGAAUUCCUCGACCCUGUUACUAAGCAGUGGAUCAAGGUCCCUGACGGCCUGCCGUUAAGUACGUAUGUGGAUAAUUAGGUAAGAGUCAAUGGAUCGUUCCCAUAGAUAUUGACCUGAAUAUGUUCCUGCUUAGUACCUAGAUAUUCUCAGAUAUCUCCUAGAGACUUAUGUAUUGAUUUCCAAAUAUCAACUACCUAGUAUUCCCAAGAAUAGGAAUAAUUGAUGAAAUAGCACAAGAUUAAAAGAAGGGCAAAGGCAUGACAGAG